GGAGCUCUUGGCAACAGAGCAGGUGUUUGCUGUCGGUACCCUGCCGUGAGAUCUGGCUGGGAGAUUCGGGAGCAACAUGAGUCCUACCCUGGCGGUUCCCACCCCAUACGGCUGUAUUGGUUGUAAGCUGCCACAGCCAGACUACCCACAGGCUGUAAUUAACUUUAUGUUCUGCUCGAUGGUUAUCAUCAUCGUCGUAGACCUGAUCGGCAACUCAAUGGUCAUUUUGGCUGUGACAAAAAACAAGAAGCUCCGAAAUUCUGGCAACAUCUUUGUGGUUAGCCUCUCUGUGGCUGAUAUGCUGGUGGCCAUCUACCCCUACCCUCUGAUGCUGCAUGCCAUGGCCAUUGGGGGCUGGGAUCUGAGCCAGUUCCAGUGCCAGAUGGUUGGAUUCACCACAGGGCUGAGUGUGGUUGGCUCUAUCUUCAAUAUUGUGGCAAUUGCCAUCAACCGUUACUGCUACAUCUGUCACAGCCUCCAGUACGAGCGGAUAUUCAGUGUGCGUAAUACCUGUAUUUACCUGGUUGUUACCUGGAUCAUGACUGUCCUGGCUGUCCUGCCCAACACGUACAUUGGCACCAUUGAGUAUGAUCCUCGCACCUACGCCUGCAUCUUCAACUAUCUGAACAACCCGGUCUUUGCUGUGACCAUCGUCUGCAUCCACUUUGUCCUCCCUCUGCUCAUAGUGGGUUUCUGCUACGUGAGGAUCUGGACCAAAGUGCUGGCCGCCCGUCACCUGGCUGGGCAGAAUCCUGAAAACCAGCUUGCUGAGGUUCGCAAUUUUCUAACUAUGUUUGUCAUCUUCCUCCUCUUUGCAGUGUGCUGGUGCCCUAUCAACGUGCUCACUGUCUUGGUGGCUGUCAGUCCAAAGGAGAUGGCAGGCAAGAUCCCCAACUGGCUUUAUCUUGCAGCUUACUUCAUAGCCUACUUCAACAGCUGCCUCAACGCUGUGAUCUAUGGGCUCCUCAAUGAGAAUUUCCGAAGAGAAUACUGGACCAUCUUCCAUGCUAUGCGGCACCCUAUCCAGUUCAUCUCUGUCCUCAUCACUGAUGUUCGUGAGACUCGGGAAGCCCGUGCCCUGGUCCGUACCCGUGCCUGCACCCGUGACCAACCCCAAGAACAAGCCCAUGAACAAGACCAUGCCCGUGCCUGUCCUGCUGUGGAGGAAAUUCCAAUGAAUGUCCAGAACGUUCCACUACCUGGUGAUGCUGCAGCUGGCCAACCUGAGCGUGCAUCUGACCACCAUAAGUCGUCCUCUGGCCACUCCAGGUCUGCCUCUGCCCACCGCAAAUCUCUCUCUGGCCACCAUAAGUCUGUCUUUAGCCACUCAAAGCCUGCCUCUGGCCACUCCAAGUCUACCUCUGGUCACCUCAAGUCUGCCACUGUCUAUCCUAAGCCUGCUUCUGUCUACUUCAAGGCUGACUCUGUCCAUUUCAAGCCCUCCUCUGCCCAUUCCAAGGCUCACUCUGUCCAUUUCCAGUCUGCCUCCGACCACCCUAAUCCUGUCACUGGCCACCACAUCCCUGCUGGCAGCCACUCCAAGACUGCCUUCAGCCCUGCCACCAGCUACCCUAAACCCACCACUGGCCAUAUCAACCCUGCUACCAGCCACCCUGAGCUCAGCACUGCUGACUAUCCUGAGCCUGCUGUCGCCAGCCACCCCGAGCCUGCCAUCACUGGCCACCCUGAGCCUGCUGCUGCUGGCCACCCUGAGCUUACUGCCUCCUGCCACUCUGAGACCACUACUACUGGCCACCUUGAGUGUGACAUCACUGACCUCUCUGAGCCUGCCUCCAGCUCUGCCACUGGGUCCCCUGAGCCUGCCACCAGCCUGCUAGAGCUUUCUGCCACCACUGACCUUCUUGACCCCACUGUGGUCACCACUGCUACCAAUGAUUACCGUGAGGUUGUGCUUGUUGAUGCUGAAGCUGAUUCUGAUGAAAUGGCUCUGUGAAAGAUGCUCUCAGGGGUGGCCAAGCAGUGGUCCACUUUCAAGUUUGUCUAACAUAUGUAAUCCGAAGUGAGAUACCUUACUGCACCUACACACAGACAGACACACGCAGAUAUUGACUCACAGACACGGUGUAAGCUACGCCCACCUUUCAUACUCCUCCUUUCCAUAACGUGCUCUGAAAAAGUGUGUGUGUGCGUGUGCUUGCUAUUUUAGAGACCAAAUUUCCCUUAAGUUUGGCAUCUGAUGUUCUGAGCCUCCCUUUCCUCCUAUGGUUUACUUUGAGCCCACAGUGAUCCCUGAAAUUGUAGACUUUGAUUUUUUCCCAAUCCCAUGUCCUCCUUUCUCCCCUCUCCUCAUUUCCUCCUCCUUGUACCUGCUGUCUUCUCCCACUCCCUGAGGAGUGGGGGAGGAGUGCAUGCGCAAUGGUGAAGGUGUGCUGUGGCGAAGGCUUCUGUAAAGUCAAUGUGACUGCAGAGCUCUAUGUUUCAAGUGUGUAACUCUAUAUCGUACUUUUAAUGGCAGUCUGAAAGGCAAUUGCGAUAAAGUGCAAGUACUUGAAACAGUUUCUUUUCUAAACUCCAACAACAGAAUAUUACUCAUAUCUGAAGAACACAAUUUGAUAAGCUCUUAUUAAAAUAAAGUUUUAUGCCUAUGAGAUCAAAUGGCAAAAGGAAAGAAACGGCCACACCGAAUUAUUUCUAUUUUGUGAAGAAACAUUGGUGCUGAUUUUUAUAGUCAAUCGUGAACGCAAAUUAUGGGCUGUUUUUACCUUAUUUGUAGUCACUUACCUUUUUCAGUAUUUGCCAAGAUUUUCUUUCAUUUAGUUCCAGAGAAACAAAUUCAUUCAUAAACUAAUUUCUUCUAAAAUCCAAACUUAUGGUUGCUAGGAUCAAUUACAGUCCUGUUUUUAAUAUUACAAUUCAUAACUACUCUUUACCUCAGAGAUCUUUUUGAACAGCCUGAUGCUUUUACACAAUCAGUUUUUACAUUUUUCUUUUUCAUUCAAAAGGGAAUUCGAGGUAAUAACUGGUAGCCAGAAGUGAGCGAAGUACUGCCGUGGAGGUGGUAAAUGAGUGUUUCUCCAAAAGCCUUUCUCUCCUGCCUUGUCCCUCUGAGCCCCCUAGCUGGGGAGGGAGGCAAGAGGGAGAGAUGCCAACAACAGCCAAUCCCACCAGCCUUGACUGAGGCUCAGUGAUUCACAAUGUUAAGUCGCAGACGUUUUGUAUCAGCACACUUGACAGCCCAGGAAAUGAUUUUUCUCCAGAAUUCAAUAAAAAGUUAUUUUUUAAUAAAAAUUUCCAUUAUUGAUUCAAAUUGACACUUAAAGCAAAGUUUACUGUGCAAAAGCUUGUAAGGAUGAGUGGAAAUGUAUUAUACUGCCUUAAUUUGACUCUGUAUUUGUGGUAGCAAUUAAAUAAAGUGUUUU